AAAGCGGCUGCAGGAGCGCACACGCAGGUUUCUUCGUGGGCGCUGUGAGGCAGGGCAGGCUCUGAGCGCACGGACUGGAGCGCGCAGUUUGUGUGUGCGGCUGCUGGAGAGGGGGAAGAUGCGCGUGCUUGUUGCUCGCCGGACGGAGAGAAGCGGCUCAGAGAGAAAGAGUUUCCAGAGCAGCUAACAACGAACUCCAUGCGCUUGAAAAGAAAAAGAAAUCCAACUUUCAUUUAUUUUUUUUAUUUUUGGGGGGGAGGAUGAGACAAUCAGCUUUUUUCAUUCAGAUUUUUAAUUAUUUACAGAUAUCGUUCAAGUCUUGGAUUAUUUUGAACAUUGAUUUGAUUUGUUUCUGUGCGCAAAAGGCAGUUUGCAGCGCGCGCGCCUGCAGCCUGUGACGCAGCAGCAGCAGCAGCAGCAGCAGCAGCAGCAGCAGCUCACCUGGAGCCAGAGCGCACGGAACCGAGCUGCAGGAUCCGCGCAGAGCAGCGCUCCGAUACGGAGGGACGGCUGCUCUGAGACACGGCACGGCACGGCACGGCACGGCUCAGGACCAUACACCAUCUCCCGCUGUACCCCAGACAACCAGCAGGAACUCCAACCUCCUCCUCUUCAUCUUCAUCGUGCGGGAUCCAGAACCAGAGAGACAGAGAGAAAGAAGGAGAGAAAGAGAGAGAGAGCGCGCGCGCGCGAGAGAGAGAGAGAGAGAGAGAGAGAGGAGAUUUGCAGCCUUCCUUCCUUUCAUCGCAACUGACUUGUUGAAGGAAUAAAAACGGAGAGAAAUAAGAAGAACGCGCGCGCUGGGCAGAGCAGAACAAAACCCAUAGGACUGGAUAUUGAACGGAGCGGGGCAUGUGGAUAUUGGCUCUUAUCUUUUCUCAGUGCAUCUUGAAUGUUUUCUGUGAAGAUCUACGUUCCAGCUUAUAUUUUGUCAAUGCAUCUGUGCAAGAGGUAGUGUUUGCCAGCACCACAGGGACAUCAGUGCCCUGUCCCGCUGCAGGCGUGCCCCCUGUCUCACUGCGCUGGUACCUGGCCACCGGUGAGGAGAUCUAUGAUGUGCCAGGGAUUCGCCAUGUGCACCCCAAUGGCACCCUUCAGAUCUUCCACAUCCCCCCUUCCAGCUUCAGCAAACUCAUCCACGACAACACUUACUAUUGCACAGUGGAGAACCCCUCAGGGAGAAUCAGGAGCCAAGAUGUCCACAUCAAGGCUGUCUUACGAGAGCCGUACACUGUCCGGGUGGAGGACCAAAAAGCCAUGAGAGGCAAUGUGGCGGUCUUCAAGUGCAUUAUCCCUGCCUCAGUGGAGGCCUACAUCAAUGUUGUGUCCUGGGAGAAAGACACAAUGUCAAUCAAUGCAGAAAUGUCACGGUUUCUAAUUACAUCCACGGGAGCCCUGUAUAUCCUGGAUGUGCAAAUGGAAGAUGGGCUGUAUAACUACAGAUGUAUGACACGACAUCGAUACACGGGAGAGACCCGACAAAGCAAUAGUGCCCGUCUCAUUGUUUCAGACCCAACCAACUCAACACCACACAUCCUGGACAGCUUUGAGCGUCGUGAGGUGAUGGCAUCUCAUCGAGUGGAGCUGCCCUGCAAGGCCUCUGGCCACCCUGCACCCAAAUACCGCUGGCUAAAGGACAACCGGCCGCUGGAGCCGGACACACGCUUCAGACAGAGUGUGACUGGUCUGCUUAUAGAGAGAGCCCAGCCCAGUGACUCGGGGACAUACGUGUGUGAAGUAUGGAAUGGUUACGGCAACGCUGAGGUGGUUGGCAGGCUCCUGGUAAAAGAAGCCCUGAAGGUGACAGUGAGUCCGCAGAAGGUAAAGGGCAGCAUGGGAAGCCAGGUUUCACUGACCUGCAGUGUGACGGCCUCUGAGGAGUACCAGCUGUCCUGGUACCGCAACGGAGAGCUCAUCUACCCCAGUAACAGUGUGCGCAUGACGGGCCAAAACAGAGAAAACCUGGUCAUGGCUGGUAUGGCCAAGAGCGACGGAGGGGCCUAUCAAUGCUUUGCCAGACAUGGCAAGAUGUCUGCGCAGGACUUUGUUCAAGUCAUACUUGAAGACGGCACCCCCAAGAUUCUGGAAUCAUUCAGUGAGAAGGUCUACAAUGUCAACGAGUUUGUGUCUCUCUCGUGCAUGGUGAAAGGCACGCCAGAGCCUCGGGUAAUGUGGACUCUGGACGAUGAAACUGUGACACGGGACAGCCGGCACCACAUCUCCUACUACACUAAUGCUGAGGGCCAUGUCGUCAGCCACCUGAAUAUCACCCAGACCCAGGUCGCUGAUGGAGGGGUGUACCGGUGCAUCUGCAACAAUUCAGCCGGGACAGUUUCCUACCAGGCGCGAAUAAACGUAAGAGGGCCUGCCAGCAUCAGACCAAUGAAAAACCUCACUGCCAUUGCUGGGCGGGACAUGUACAUCCACUGCCGUGUCAUUGGCUACCCCUACUAUUCCAUCAAGUGGUACAAGGAUUCCAACUUGCUACCGUACAACCACCGGCAGCGGGCCUUCGAGAACAACGGCACCCUGAAACUGUUUGAUGUGCAGAAAGAUGUGGAUGAAGGAGAAUACACGUGUACCGUGUUGGUGAAGCCCCAGCUGUCCACCCAUCAGAAUGUCUGCGUCACAGUGAAAGUCCCACCCACCAUCCACCCUUUUGAAUUCCCUCGGUUUUCCAUCGGCCAGCGAGUCUUUAUUCCAUGCGUGGUUAUGUCUGGGGACCAACCUGUCUUCAUCACCUGGCAAAAAGAUGGCCGACCAAUCCCAGCCAGCCUGGGAGUCACCUUAGACAACAUAGACUUCACCAGCUCUCUGCGGAUCUCCAACCUGACGCUGGCCCACAACGGCAACUACACCUGCAUCGCCCGCAACCAAGCUGCUGCUGUGGAGCACCAGAGCCAGCUCAUUGUCCGAGUUCCUCCCAAGUUUGUAGUGCAACCCAAAGACCAAGAUGCAAUUUACGGAAAGGCCGUGAUACUGAACUGCUCAGCUGAAGGCUAUCCUGUUCCCACCAUCCAGUGGGAGUACUCUAAAGGCUCCGGGGUCCCUCAGUUCAAACCCAUCGUCCUAAACUCGGGCUUUCGAAUUGAAGUUUUGGUGAACGGCUCGUUGCUCAUCAAGCACGUGCUCAAAGAAGACAGCGGUUUCUACCUUUGUAGAGUCAGCAACGACGUCGGGGCUGACGUCAGCAAGUCCAUGUUUCUGAACGUUAAAAUUCCUGCCAUGAUCACAUCCUACCCCAACACAACGCUGGCCACGCAGGGAGAGGAGAAGAAGAUGAGCUGCACAGCACAUGGUGAGAAACCCAUCAUGGUUCGCUGGGAGAAGGAGGAGCGAAUCAUCAACCCAGAGACCAGCCGCUACGUUGUUUCAGUCAAGGAGGUGGGCGAUGAGGUCAUCUCUACGCUGCAGAUCAUGCCAACAGUGAGAGAGGACUCCGGCUUCUUCUCAUGCCAUGCCAUCAACUCUUUUGGUGAAGACAGAGGAAUCAUACAGCUCACCAUCCAAGAGCCUCCAGAUCCUCCAGAGGUAGAGAUCCGAGACGUGAAGGACAGAACGAUCGCCCUGCGUUGGACCAUGGGCUUUGAUGGAAACAGCCCCAUCACAGGCUUCGAUAUCGAGAGCAAAAACAAGUCAGCCUCCUGGGACACUGCUCAGAAGACUAAAGAUGUGUCACCUCAGCUCAACCAGGCCACCAUCAUAGACCUCCACCCCUCCUCCACUUACAACAUCCGCAUGUUUGCGAAGAACCUCAUCGGCAAGAGUGAGGCCAGCAAUGAGCUCACCAUCACCACAGACGAAGCAGCUCCCGAUGGACCGCCUCAAGACGUGCAGCUGGAAGCCAUCUCCUCUCAGAGUAUCCGUGUCACGUGGAGACCACCCAAGAAGCACCUGCAGAACGGGGCCAUCAGAGGAUACCAGGUGGGCUACAGGGAGUACAGCUCUGGUGGAAACUAUCAGUUCAGCGUAAUCAGCUUGGAGACAACAGGAGACAAUGCAGAGAGCCUGGUGCUGGAUAGCCUCAAGAAAUUCACCCAGUAUGGGGUCGUGGUGCAAGCCAGCAACAGCGCAGGCACCGGGCCGUCUUCCACAGAGGUGGAUGCUACCACACUGGAGGACGUGCCGAGUCGUCCUCCGGAGAACGUCCAGGCUGUCGCCACGUCUCCAGAGGUCAUCUCUCUGUCCUGGCUCACUCCUCCCAAAGACGCUCUAAACGGGAACCUGCUGGGCUUCAGGGUCAUCUACUGGGCCAACCUCCUAGAUGGAGAGCUUGGAGAGAUCAGGAACGUUACAACCUCUAAGCCUUCUCUGGAGCUGGAUGGACUGGAGAAAUACACCAACUACAGCAUCCAGGUGCUUGCCUUCACCAGAGCUGGUGACGGCGUUCGCAGCGAACAGAUUUACACCCGCACCAAGGAGUAUGUUCCUGGCCCUCCAGCUGGGGUGAAAGCUGCAGCUUCAUCCAACUCUGUGGUGUUUGUGUCCUGGCUUCCUCCUCUCAAAGUGAACGGCAUCAUCAGGAAGUACACUGUUUUCUGCUCCAACCCUCACCCCACGGUGAGUAGUGAAUUUGAGGCAGCACCAGAUGUGUUCUUUUACCGUAUCCCUAACCUGAGCAGGAACAGGCAGUACAGCAUCUGGGUGGUGGCGGUCACUGCUGCAGGCCGUGGAAACGCCAGCGAGAUCAUCACGGUCAAACCCAUGGCUGAUGCUCCAGCUCGAAUACUGACUUUCAACAGGACAGUAACAACCCCCUGGAUGAGGGACAUUGUGCUUCCUUGUAAAGCUGUUGGUGAUCCGUCCCCAAGUAUCAAGUGGCUAAAGGACAUUAACGGGACUCCCACACCAGUUGUGACUGACAGCCGGCGCAGUGUGCAUGGAAAUGGCAGCCUUGUUAUUCGCACAGUGAAGGCAGAGGAUUCUGGGAAUUACACUUGUGUAGCCAGUAACAACUUUGGUUUGGACAAGAUUGUUCUCAAUCUUCAGGUUCAAGUUCCACCAGACCAGCCUCGCCUUACUGUGACAAAGACAACCACCACCUCAAUCACACUCUCCUGGAUCCCAGGAGAUAAUGGAGGCAGCUCCAUACGAGGCUACAUCCUGCAGUACUCAGAGGAUAACAGUGAGCAGUGGGGGAAUUUCGCCAUCAGUCCCAGCGAGCGUGCCUAUCGGCUGGAAAACCUCAAAUGCGGUACCUGGUACAAGUUCACCCUCACUGCCCAGAAUGCAGUGGGUCCUGGACGUAUCAGUGAGAUCAUCGAGGCAAAGACUCACGGGAAAGAGCCGCAGUAUUCCAAAGAACAAGAGCUCUUCACCAGCAUCAACGCCACUCGAGUUAAGCUCAACUUGAACGGAUGGAAUAACGGUGGAUGCCCGAUUACCUCCUUCACCUUGGAAUAUCGGGCAGUGGACUCCCCCACUUGGACCACGGCACAGCGCACCUCCCUCACCAAAAGCUGCAUCCUGUACGACCUGCAGGAGGCCACCUGGUACGAGCUGCAGAUGAAGGUGUACAACAGCGCCGGCUAUGCCGAGAAGAGGGUCAAGUUUGCAACACUGAGCUACGAUGGCAGCACCAUCGCUCCUUUAGUAAAGGCGCCUAAUGUGAGUGAGAACAACCCCGGCGGCGGUGAAGGCUUGAAGAUGAUGGUGACCGUUUCCUGUGUGUUGGUGGGCAUCAUUGUAAUCUUCAUUGGACUGCUGGUUCUGAGACGGAGGAGGCGAGAACAGAGGCUCAAAAGGCUGAGAGAUGCAAAAAGUUUGGCUGAGAUGCUCAUGAGUAAAAACACACGUCCAGCGGAGCCAAUUAACAAACAGCAACAGACGCUGCGCAUGCACAUUGACAUUCCCAGAGCCCAGCUCCUCAUCGAGGAGAGAGACACCAUGGAGACCGUCGAUGACAGAUCCACGGUGUUACUGACCGACAACGAUUUUGGGGAAACACAGAAACAGAAGUCGUCCACAGUCACCCACACUGUCCACUACCAGUCACUGUCUCAAGCCACUGGUCCACUGGUAGAUGUAUCUGAUGCCAGACCAGGAACCAGUAAGUCCAUUUGUUAA